AUGGAGACGCGCUCUGGUAUCCCUCUAGGCACCAAACCACAAGGCAAUCACCCUGUCUCAUGGAAUGACGACGAACAAAUUCUCGUAUGCCUCCCUACUAUUGUGCAGAUCUUGGUUCCUUCUCUUAUUGAUAUCACGCAAGACGAAGAUCCUUAUCUACGUAUUGGUGUUCGACCACUGAAAGACAUCCCGUGCACACCAUAUAAUGAUACAGAAGUACACAGCCCUUCCGCACAAAGCACACGCCUCAUAGCUGAACAAUAUCGAUCAGCGACAUGGUCAUCGACAGGACUUACUAGCUCGGGCGGAUGUAUCUUGACAGCUGUGACCACAAAGCACCGUGUGAUCCAUUACACUCCCUCGAAAAACGAAAGAUCAACAUCAACUGCACCUUGGAUACCGAUGAUCGAUAUGACUGACAACAUUGCACAAUCGAUCCUUGGACACAAUACACGCCGCUUUCGUACAAUUGAACAAGUAAAUUCAUUUCACACAUUGGCUGCUAAAUGGUCUCCCACGCUGGCUUUUGACCCGAUCAUGCAACCAUUGGCCAUCCUUGGACUCGCCAACAAGCGCGGAGAAAUAUCUUUAUGGAGCUAUUCUUCAACCAAAGGAUUCGAACAUCAGGCUACGAUCCAACCGCACGAUAGUUUUACAACUGAAUUGGAAUGGACAGCAUGGAGACAACACGAUGGCAAAUUUAUAUCCUAUAUCAUCUCAUCUAGCGGUACGGGUGCAGCUACCAUAUCUUCAGUGACGAUUGAACUUGGAAGCGAUGAACAAUUGGGGGCAACUAUAUUGGUAUCCAUGGACGCCACAGUACAAGAGACCUGGUUUCAAGAGGAUCACGCAAUAAUUGACAACAUUUCACUGUGUCAGGAUCCUGCACAUGAUCAUCGAGUCAAGGUCGCAUUGUUCAAAAACACGCGUGUUCUUAUUGGGGAAAUGGACUUUGAUAAUACACCAUUGGAGCCGUCGUGGAAGGAGUAUUGGUUACAGGAUUCGGUUACAGGCGUAGUUGGGACUAGCUGGUCUGAAGAUGGCAAACGAAUCCGGAUAUACACGUCUGAAGGUCAAGGCUUAGUCCUUACUGUAGAAGAAGGCCAUGUGGAGCUAGACGUUGCCGCUACGGCUGAUAUCAACACGAAUCUCGUCACCAAGAUUAUGCAGCAAUGGGAUGAGGAACAAGCGAGCAUGGAUCAAGAGCAAAUAUCGACAGCCAAUAACGCAAGACCUGUGCUUCAUGGUACCAGCAUUUCUCCAAUCGGCCUGUAUACCGUUUAUCUUUUUGGUUUUCAAGAAGACGUUGAUGGCGCAUACUAUGAUUCCGAUGUUAAUGAGGUCUGGGCUGCGUUUAUGGCGCAUCAGCGACAAAACGACGACUCUUGUAAGGCCUAUCUUUUGGACAAGCUAAGGACACAACUAUCCAAUCCAUACUUUUUCUUCACGUGCCCUUUCAAGAGUAUUCUUCAUGAACCGCUCGAGUACUUGACUCAAGAUGAUGAGGAGGAAGAGAACAAUGGCAUUGCCAAGUGGUUGAAAACCAUGGAAACUAUGAUAACGGAUGGCGCAGCGCAAAGUACCCAAUCAUUCAAACAGCACUUGUAUUGCGAUUCACGUGCUACAGCAGCAAGGGCAUUGAUACGCACAGGAAUUGAGCUCAAGCGAUACAAGCUCAUAGAGAGUACACAAUUCACGCUUCAAUCUCUCGAGGACAUGGCGCACAUGUAUCUGGCCGUUCAUUUUGCGGAUGUUUGCUUGAAUUACAUUCUUACGCUUCCGGAUGAUGCACUUGAGAAUGCUGCAGAGAGGGAUUUGGCGGUUGUGCUCCUUUUGUGCGAUAGGGUACUUGACCAACCUGUUACUUUUGAUUUUGCCGUCAAUACGGUGAUCAAAGUCUGCACGAAGCUAUCAUCUUGUCAAUCAGCACAAAGUGAAUCCUUUGCGGAAGAGGUCUCACGAGCCAAGCAGCAUCUUGAAAAACAAGAACCAGUACCCAAAAUACCUCGUGAAAAGUGUCCAGCAUGCCCAAACCUACUCUCCACAGUGGAUAACAGGUUACUGAUUUGCAGCUCAAGCCAUACAUGGGAAUCUUGUAGUAUCACAGGCAAAGCUUUGGCCACCCUUGACACACAACUAUGCGUACAUUGCGGCGCUAAAAGUAUGAAAUCAACAGGCUGUAAACUUGCAGACACUAUCCUAUCCCAGUGUGUGAAAUGUAUUAUAUGUGGAUCGAACCUUUCAGCUAGCUAG